AUGGCCAGAAGUGCACAAAAAGAGCGUGAGACUUUAACCUCUGCUGGCCUCGAUGACUUAUCUGCUGGUAUAAUCCAAGCUCUUAUUCCUGAGGGAUCUGAACCCAUGCUUGCUGUGAGCAAGCUCUAUGCUUCCAAUGCUCACGUGAACUCCGUGCUCAUAGGGAUGAAGAACCAGCUGGUGGUUUUGCGAGUGGCUGGUUCCCUGCAGAAGAGCAAAGAAGUAAUGAAGGCCAUGCAGAGUCUUGUGAAGAUCCCAGAAAUCCAGGCCACCAUGAGGGAGCUAUCCAAAGAGAUGAUGAAGGCUGGCAUCAUAGAAGAAAUGUUAGAAGAUACUUUUGAAAGCAUGGAUGAUCAGGAAGAAAUGGAAAAAGCAGCAGAAAUGGAAAUUGACAAAAUUCUGUUUGAAAUCACAACAGGUGCCUUGGGCAAAGCACCUAGUAAAGUGACCGAUGCCUUUCCGGAGCCCAGACCUUCAGGAGCGACGGCUGCAUCAGAAGAUGAGAAGGAAGAAGAGGCCCUGGAGGCCAUGCAGUCCCAUCUUGCCACACUCCGCAGCUAGUGGCUGCUCAGCUAGGCCCUCGGGUUCUUUCGUGGCCCACCUACUGGGAGUGGGCACACUCCUCUGAAGCAGUCACCAUGUUAUGUAUCUCUUGCACUACACCUCUGAAUCAGGCACUUUUAUUCUGAGAAGGUUCUCUGCUAAUAUCACUUCACUUGGCAGAGGUUUUGGGAUCUCAACAGGACUGUUCUUGAG